AAAGAAUUGGCGCAUUUAAGAUUAUUUUAUAUGAAGGCCUGGCUCCUUGAAAAAGGUGCAUGUGUUCGACAGGUUUUUUGAAAUUGCUUAUAUUCUGGGGUAGGUAUUGUAUAAUUCUGGUGUGCGCACGCUCCCACUGUGUUUUUGUACUUAGGAGGGGGAGGGGUUAUAAAAAUAAAAUAAAUGUUUCUUCGGUGGAUAGAAAAUACUCGUCAAUCUCUACGAUAAGAAAUCGAGAAAUAAACUAAUAACAAUUUGAACCUUUCGUGCCUAUAUAAAUCGUAGAUUAGUACAGGGGUUUCUACAAUUUUAAAAUAAUGGAACAUCCACCAAAUACUUUUUAUUUUAUGCAACCUUACUUAUUGAAUGAUUACAAAUCGAUACGACACGGCGAUAGGCAAUUUGUAAAGAGGAGAACAACUUGUCCAAUUUGUUAUAUAGACAUAGAACUAUAUAAUAAUUUAAUCUCUGCUUCCUGUUGUUUUGAUAAAUUCAGAUCGAUCAGCGCCAGUUAUCGAGCAAUGACCUGUAAAUGGCGGAGGUAUGUUGCCAUGGUAACACUUGUAAUUUAUGUUACGCAGGUCCGUUACCAUGGUAGUUUAUAUUUGAAUAAAUGAUGCGAUAUAUCGACAUUUAUUAAAGUCACAUUUUAAUUACUUUUAAAAUUUAAAGCAAAUUCAAAUAAAUAAAAUGCCACUGUUUAGCAGUAAAUUCUCCACUAAGUCUAUUCCUGUAAGACGCCAAGAUACAUCUGUACUAAAAAGCGAGUUCGGCAAUGACUAUGCAGCAAAAGAAUUAUCUCUUGAUAUUGCUCCAUUAAAAUUGAAGUUAAGCGACUUCGAAAUGUCUUUCGUAGAUGGACAGUGGAUCCCAGCUUCUGGAAAAGCGGGAGCGGCACAUAAAGAAAAUCUACGGCUCAAAAAAGAAUUGGAACAACUCGAAGAAGAAAACAAUAUGUUACGUUUGAAAUUUGAAAUAUUACUAGACAUGAUGACUGACAAGACUGUAGAGGCUGAGCAAGUUGAACUUCAAAGGGCACAGAGUUUAAGUAAUUUAAGUAAAAAGAAUAAAAAGCAACGGUGGUAGUGUUUUAAGUAUUUAUAGGUAUUGUAUAAUUGCAUUUUUAUACUAUUUUGUAUAUGAUUAUCAAUGUUUUAUCAAUGUAAGUUAUGAAACUUGAUUAAAUCUAAUGUGCGUGUAUAGUGGGUUAUACGAAAUUAAUUGUACAUGCAUAAAUAUCUGUCACGCCGUACAAAUUAAUUGUGCACCGAAUUAAUUCCGUAAUUAUUGGGUCGAUUCUGUGGCACUAUUUCUCUCUUUACCUAAUAUUUUUAUUUGAUAAUUUCGCCAAAUUACUGUUUUAUACGCCACCAUAUACCAAAUUUAUAACAAUUUUGAUUUAAAACUAUUAGAAAUUUUGUUCACAUUGAAUAAAGAUUUAAGUGAUUUAAAAUUGAAAUUUUAGAUUUAUUAUUGAAUUUAAUUUUUAAUUAAUUUAUAGAUAUGGUACUUCAAAAUUGACUCCAUUAUAAUACAAUAUCUGGUAUAGUUUAAUUUUAUGAGAUCUCUUGUUAUUUAUCAUUGGAAUGUUAUUUCCAGUGAUAUAUAUGUAUAUUUAUGAUUAUAAGAUACAAAUAUUGAGUGUAAUAAACUUAAUUUUAUAUUUGUGUAAUG